AUGGUACUAAUCUCUGCAAAGGUCAACUUUGGCUUCAUCAUGACCAUGAUUGGCUUUUCCAUGGCGUUCGUCGUGGCAGAGGUCAUUCCUCUCCUGCUUGUCACAGUCUUUACUGUCAUCGCAUACGAUCUUAACGCUAUCAAUUCCGCAGUCUGGCUCGUUGUCGCGCCGCUCAUUGCCGUCGGUGCCGUAUCACCGUUUGUUGGCAGUCUCUCGGAUGCACUUGGCCGCAAGAGUCUGAUCCUCGCUAGCUUGGGCGUGACUGUCGUGUCCAUGGCCAUCCUUGGCUCGACACAUAAUCUAGCAGUGUUUUUCGUCGGGGAAGUGCUAGCUGGAGCUGGGAUCGGCGUGCAGAUCCUCACGAUCCUGGCUGCCGCAAGUGAGAUCGUACCUGUCGCAAAGCGAGGUGCGGUCAUCGGAUACAUCGUGCUUGGCUUCGUUCCUUUUGCUCCUGCGUCGUUAUAUGGACAGUACAUUGCGGAGACGAGCUGGCGCUGGAUAUUCCUCCUGGUUGGUAUCUGGACCGUGCUCUCCUUUGUUGUCCUCGCCAUAUGGUACAAGCCACCACCGGUCAAGAGAACGCAGAACUUGUCGACGCUCCAGAUCCUCGCUCGGAUGGAUUAUGUUGGUAAUGCACUCUUGGUGCUUGGUCUGGUGCUUUUCUGCGUUGGACUGAAUUGGGGAGGUCAGACUCAUCCCUGGAAAUCGACACAGGUUAUUGGAUGUCUGGCUUCAAGCGUGGUUUCCGUUGUCUUGUUUGUUUUGUGGGAGAAGUACGGUGCCAAGUAUCCCUUGUUCCCGAUGGAGCUUGUCAAACAUCCACGAUAUUUCAUCGCAGUAUCGGUGCUAUGUUUAACGUCCGGUGUCAAUUACGUCCCGAUCACAGUUUUCUGGACCAUACAGUGUUAUGCAGUAUAUGGAGCCUCCUUCCGUCAAGCCGGUGUAUGGCUCCUUCCUCUUGGUUUCUGCAUCGCUGGUGGCGCCGGAAUCUCCGCCAUCAUGAUUACUGUAUUCAAGCGCCGCGUGCACUGGGUCCUGCUCGGCUUCUGUAUCAUGCAGACAGUCGGCAUGGCCUGCAUGGCCAUCGUGGAUCCUACCGACAUCCGCACCGUUUGGGGCCCUAUGGUCGUCGGCCUGUUCGGAAUCGGCGCCGUGCUUCUUCCAUCCCAAGUCGUCUUCUCGGUGAUAUCACCCGACCAUCUCAUCGGCACUUCCGUCGCGUUUUCCCUCGUCAUCCGCAUGGUCGGCCAGAUCGUCGGCAAGUCUAUGUUCUAUAACAUCUUUCGCGAGCAUGUCCGCACGCUGGCGCCUCCUAUCAUCGGUAUACCGGCUAUCAAUGCAGGCUUCCAGAGCAUUCCACGCAUCGAGGAGGUUGUUACGGUCAUGGCAGCGGGGCCUCUCAGUCAUUACAGGAGUGCGUUUCCCGAGAUUGUAGAUGAUGCGAAGAUGGAGGUCCUGGUGCAGGCUGGGAGAGUCUUGUAUGGCAAAGCUUUCCCGUUGAUCUACUACGUCUCGAUUCCGUUUGGGGUUUUAGCAGUGCUGAGUUGUUUUGCGCUGUGGGGGAUCGAGCAGUUCCUGACGGACCACGUUGCCGUACAUCUUGUUUAG